GACAAGAAAGAGAGAUGGCCAUGCAUGUAGAGAGAAUCGAGGGAGGAGUCCCAACAUCACCACCAAAGGACACCCAAAAACGGACCAUAAACUGGUGGAUGAUAGCCAUUAACUGCACCUUCACAGCGGUGGGGACCAUCUGCGGCCCACUCCUCAUGCGGCUAUACUAUCUCCAUGGCGGGAGUAGGAAAUGGCUAACCAGCUGGUUGCAGACAGCCGGUUUCCCUAUCGUUCUCCUCCCACUCUCCAUUCUCUACAUACGCCAACGGGCUAGUGGGAUGCCAUUCUUCGCUGAACCCAAGCUAUUGAUGUCGAGUGCCGUGAUCGGCCUCCUCAUCGGUCUCGAUAACUUCUUGUAUUCUCUGGGGUUAUCUUUCCUCCCCGUCUCCACCUCUUCUCUCCUCUUUGCCACUCAGCUUGCUUUCACUGCUUUCUUCGCUCUCAUCAUUGUAAGGCAGAAAUUCAGCCCGUAUUCGGUCAAUGCCGUGGUGUUGAUGACGCUUGGUUCGGUACUGCUCGGGAUCCGAAAGAGCGGCGACCGCCCUCCAGAAGUGUCGAAUGGGGAGUAUUUGCUCGGUUUCAUUAUGACUAUUGGUGCAGCUGCUUUGCUGGGAUUCAUACUGCCAUGCACGGAGCUCGCCUACGCCAAGGCUAGAAAAGCAAUCACUUAUCCAGUGGUGUUGCAGUUUCAGUUCAACACGACCAUGUUCGCCACCAUUUUCUGCACCAUUGGGAUGAUUAUUAACAAGGAUUUUCCGGCGAUUGCUAGGGAGGCAGCUGCAUAUGAGCUUGGGGAGGCAAAGUACUACCUGGUGCUGGUUGGUGUUUCAGUAGCGUUUCAGAUGGUAUUCGUGGGAACUCUCGGUAUCAUCUUCUGCACUUCAUCUCUCUUCGUCGGCGUCCUCAGCGCCACUCUUCUCCCUUUCACGGAGAUAGCAGGGGUCAUAUUCUUCAAAGAGAAGUUCAUAGGAGAGAAGGGAAUGGCCCUGGCUCUCUGCCUUUGGGGCUUUACCUCCUACCUCUAUGGUUCGUAUAAGUUGAACAGGAAGCAAGAAGCUCAAGAAAAAGAAGAAUCCAAGUACCCCUAAAAAUCAAACACAACCAAAAGCGAAUCCAA